AGAAAAGUCCGGCGGCAUCUCGACUCCUCCUUCCUCCCUCUAUUUAACGGGCUCACAUCACACACUACAGCAUGCGCCACUUCGCCUAGCUAGCAGAGAAUAUAGAGAGAUAGAGAGAAGCUAGGGCAAUAAGGUCGUCGUUGAUGGCUCCGAUGAAGCUGUACGGUGCGACGGUGUCGUGGAACGUGACCCGGUGCGUGGUGGCGCUGGAGGAGGCCGGCGCCGAGUACCAGAUCGUACCUAUCGAUUUCGCCACCGCCGAGCACAAGAGCCCCGAACACCUCGCCCGCAACCCGUUCGGUCAAGUUCCAGCUUUCCAAGAUGGCGAUCUCCACCUAUGGGAAUCGCGUGCGAUUUGCAAGUACGUUGCCCGCAAGAACAAGGCAGCAGAGCUGCUGAGGGAAGGCAACCUCCAGGAGUCAGCCAUGGUGGACGUGUGGCUGGAGGUGGAGUCCAACCAGUACACCGCCGCCCUGAACCCUAUCCUGUACGAGUGCCUCGUCAGCCCUAUGUUCGGCGGCACCACCGACCAGAAAGUGGUGGAGGAGAACCUGGAGAAGCUGAAGAAGGUGCUGGAGGUGUACGAGGCGCGGCUCGCCAAGCACAAGUACCUCGCCGGAGACUUCCUCAGCCUCGCCGACCUCAACCACGUCUCCGUCACGCUUUGCCUGCUCGCGACGCCCCAUGCUUCUGUGCUCAACGCGUACCCUCACGUCAAGGCAUGGUGGGAUGGCCUCAUGGCCAGGCCGUCUGUCCAGAAGGUCGCCGCGCUCAUGAAGCCGUCUGCUUGAAAUUAGUGAUCGAGUCUUCGUUCGUUCACUGCUUGGCUUAAUAUAAAUAAGCCCAUCGACCCCUGUGUGUGUCCUCGUUCUCGAUCGGCAUGUGUCAUCCAGGUGUUGAAUAAGCUAGCUAGCCGAUCGAGUUGCAUGCAUGUUUUCGUGUCUUUGAGAAUAAUAUUAAGCUAUGUGUUUGGUAUAUAUCUUUAUCUU